AUGGCUGGACCCGCAGUAACUCAUAGGAGUUUGGCCCUGAACGAGCCGAUUGAAGAGGACGCAGAGGAAGCGAUACUACGCAAGAGUUAUUGUGGGUUAAUUGGUCUUGCAGCAACCGCGCAGAUCGUUGCGCCUGAUCAAGUCGCAUUACUGUGUGUUGAAGACAUUAAAAGUCUAAUUGGUUGGCGUUUCAAUUGUCGGUUGAGAUGUGGCAAAGUAGAACUGCUGACGAUGGGCGAUUCUCGUCGUGAAGUCAUGGAUUUUCUCCUCCCCAUCGACAAAGAGACCCAGUUCCACCCGCACCUCGGCAAUGCCGCUCGGGAACGGGCAAAGAGCACCCGUAUAGACAUUGACUUUUGGUCAUUGCCUGCUAAGCUUUCAUCCGGUCGCACUGAUGAUACCCCGGAAUCGAUCUCGGAAUUUGACGGGACUUUACAUGUGAACUCUGCCCCGGAAACCAACUGUGGCUUGACUAUGGCUGUGGCUGUGAUUACCCGAGGUGCCGAGCUGACUUAUUGCAGAAGACGUGUCUAUUCAUCACUCAGAGACCGCACCUCGUUUUGGAGACCGCUCUCUCUUCCGUCUUCCGAUAACGGUCAGUACCGAUCUAUCCAUCCACCCGGUUACACACGAGCGGCUUUCAACCCAACAUCUUCGGCCAUCAUCACCUCGCCCCCUUCGCCUCCCGCAAUUCUAGAUAGAACAUACAGCCGCGACCGAAACGCAUACUGA